AUGUUGCAAUUCAGCAACGGUCCUACGACUAAGAGAUUCUACACGGCUCAAUCGCAACCAAAGCAACUCCGGUUGAGGAUGCUACUCAGGCUGUUUUUGACAGCGAUUGCUGCCGCGACUUGUCAAGCCGACCUUGAGUAUGACUUUGUUAUUGUCGGGGGCGGCACAGCCGGUCUUGCCCUGGCCUCACGACUAAGUCAUGGACUGCCGGAGAGUUCUAUCCUUGUGCUGGAAGCUGGCCCUGAUGCCGCGAACGAGCCUCGCAUCAAUAUCCCGGCUAUGAGGGGCUCGGCCAUCGCAUCAUCGUACGACUGGAAUUUCACUACUGUCCCACAACAGCAUGCGGGCAACCGUUCCCUGGCUCAAGGCCGAGGAAAGGUCCUAGGCGGAAGUUCCGCACUUAACUUCAUGGCGUGGAACAGAGCUAGUAAGGUCGAGUACGACACAUGGAAAAAGUUAGGAAAUGAUGGAUGGGACUGGUCAGAGAUGAUCCGCUCUAUGCUCAAAGCUGAGAAUUUCACUUUGUCAGACAAGUACGGUGACCAAGGCGUAGAUUUUGGUGGUCCUGUCCAGACGAUGAUCGGUGAUUGGGUGCCAGAACACCAGGAGUUCUUCAUGGAAGCGCUGAAAACCCUGGAUGUGACAGAGAACCGCAAUUCACUGGGAGGAAACGUGCUUGGCCGCGUGUUCCAGCCUUCAAACGUCCGGUAUAGCGAUCGGAAAAGGUCGUAUAGUGCCCACCACCCAGGAUAUCCCUCGCUUGCAGGACCCAAUCUUCAUAUACGGGUAGAGACUAGGGUGCGCAAGAUUGAUUUGGUGAGUAUGGAUCGAGGAGAUCAGGUAGCAACAGGCGUCACUCUGGAAGAUAACACAACUGUCUGGUCAAAGAAGGAAGUCAUUGUUGCUGCUGGCACCCUGCAAAGCCCCGGCCUGUUGGAGCUCUCCGGAAUCGGUCAGAAAGAUGUGCUGCGUGCUGCCAAUAUCCAACAGCUAGUUGAUCUCCCUGGUGUUGGAGAGAAUCUGCAGGAUCAUCUGCGAAUUGAGAGCUCCUAUCGACUUCUCCCCAACUACACCUCGCUCGAUAUGCUUCAGACAAAUACCACUUUCGCGAAAGAGCAACUGAAAGCUUAUAAUGCAGGUAAAAACAAAGCCGCUGAUAAACCCCUCUCAUCGUCGCCCAUCGAGCGCAUCAGAGCUCAUAUUCAGCUUCAUCAAAUACAACAUGAAGAAGAGAAUGUUCCACAGGUUGAGAUAAUCUCCGGAGAUGGAUAUCUCGGAACAAAAGGGUACCCACCAAAGACAUCUCCACUCUACGGUUCAAACUUCUUCACGUUGAUCGCAGUCAUGCUGCACCCCUUCAGUACGGGGUCGAUACAUGUGACGUCAUCCUCGAUCUCGACAGCUCCGCAGAUACAACCAAACUACUUCUCCCAUGAAUAUGAUAUCCAGGCUCUCAUAUCUGCCGCGAAGUACAUGCGUAAGUUGGCAUCAACAGCCCCUCUCCGGCACGCCUGGACCGAAGAAUACGAACCAGGCCUUUCGGUGGUUGGUGAUGGGCCCGAUAGUGAUAAACAGUGGAUGGAGUAUGUAAUCAACAGUGCUUCAACAAUAUGGCAUUCUGUCGGCACAUGUGCGAUGUUACCGCAGGAACUCCAUGGGGUGGUCAAUGGAAAUCUGACCGUGUAUGGCACGGAGAAUCUUCGGGUGGUCGACGCCAGUGUCAUUCCAGUUUUGUUAUCCGGCCAUCCACAGACAGCUGUAUAUGGGAUCGCUGAAAAAGCGGCGGAGAUUAUCAUUAACCGUUGGCAGUAG